AUGCCCCCUCGGUGGUACCAGACCACUGUCUCUGCCAACGCUCUCCUCAUUAACGUCCAGACUUCUCCUCGCAACAUGGCGCCAAAACUUCCUCUCUCAAAGCUCGAAAUGAUCCAGGACAUGAUAUCGAGCAAAUCAUUGACUGCCUCGCAAAUGGCCAAAGCUGCUGAAUGUAGUAAGCGUUCAAUCAUCAACAUCAGCAACAACCUUUCCCGGUUUGGAAAUGUCAGAGCACCCCCAACUCGAGUAGGUCGACGACGGACCGUUACACCUCCGAUGAUAGAAGCAUUAUGCGAUCGCCUCCUCGAAAAGCCCGGGCUAUAUGUGGACGAGAUGGCUAUCUUUUUAUGGGACGAGUUCCGCAUCCAGGUCACAAAUUCGAGUCUCAAACGGGCUCUUGCUUCGGUGGGUUGGUCGAAGUAG